GGUGAGCGUUUGCGUGAAAAUAUCUGGUGUAAAUAUGGCGUCGCAGGAGGAAGAUAACAAACUAGAGUGUAUUUCUCAUGUAAACAAAGAACAAGAAAUUUACUUCUUAAACGUGUACAAGAAAUACGACACUAUUUUAAACGACAAAGCAGAAAAUUUUGAAAAAAAAGUUCAAGCACUGAUUGAUGUAUGGAAAAGUAUAGCAGAAGCAAAACUAGCUCAGUUUGAUUUACGCUAUGUUUUACAAAUCAUAGAUUGGGCUAAACUUCACGCGUUAAAUAUCGUCCUCACAGGAGAAUGGAGAAAAACAAAAGAAACUUGCGGCAACAGUCUUCUAGAAAAUAUUGAGAAAGCACAACGUAACCUUCAUACUAAAAACGAUGCAUUUUCAUCCCGAUGCCAAAAAUUAGCUGAUGUUGUUAAAAAACCCUGGGAAGAUCCAGUUUUGACACAUUUACUUCACACCAAAAAUGCAGAAAUCGGACCUAAAGAAAUUGAAUUUUUUUGUGUGGAAACAGCUUAUCUGGUUUCUGUAAGAUUAAAGAAACUUUGUGAGAACCACUGUGAAGAUCUCGCCCUUAACUUAGUGACGAACUUUUUAAAUUGUAAAAAAUUGGCUGCCGAUCUGAAUUUUACUUUAAAUGCCACCGAAACUCAGAUAUGGUUUAUAUUUGAUAUAUUUGUUGCGCUGUUAUAUAAAUUUCAAGAUAAAACGAAAAUUAUUCAACAAUUUGAAGAUCUUAAACUUAGCGAAGGAAUUCAGUUGAUUAAACGUUUUGCCAAAAAGAGAGUAACAAUUUCAAAAAUAUGGAAAAAUUGUCACAAAAUUGCUAUUUUUGGCUGCAGAUUCUUCCUCUCAAAGGCUUUAAUGAAAUAUUCAGACGACGUACGCGAAUUACUAAUAGAUCUUAUGAAAACUUAUAUAGUUUUGUCUAAUACAGAUGUUUUGGUGGAAGAAUUUGUGGUGUCUGUGAGAAAUAUUACCAAUUUGGCUGAUGCCGCCGGAUUGUGCAUAAUGUGUGAAGUUAUUCACAGAGAGGGUGGAGAGGGAAUUAGACAUUUCACAAUUGAAAUGUAUAUCCGGGCGUUAACGACUGACAUGAAUGAACUGGAACGAUUAAAACACGUCAACGACCAGGAAAAAGCAGUUUUGACCACCUCAAGAUUAGCAAGCACUUUUACAAAUCUUGCAGAUCUGCUAGAUGACUACGUGAAAGUGGCCAGAGAAUGCAUUUUGACUGCUUUCAGUCUUGAACCUACUCAACAAAGACUAAAACGAAUUGAAGAUUUAGCCAAGAGAAGUGGCUUUCAAGUUUUGGACACAGGGCAAGAAUGGAAAUGCCGAUUACACCCUCCAGUAUUACCGUCUGAUGACAUUGCAUGGAUAUGUCCGGAAUGUGGGGAUUGGAUGUGCAAGCCUGAACUUACAGCACCUUUACAGAUGAAUAUGGCGCUUCAUGAGGCAUUGCAAGAUUCUGUGUUGGGUAUUUCGGAAGCCCUUUGUGAUGAUCUUGUUGUUUGUUUGUCAAAUCCUCGUUACCAAAUUCUAAGUUGGCUACUGGCCUGGGGUGAUUUGUAUAGACUGUGUAUAAUGUAUCUUAAUGACCCUGAAAAAACCAAAAAUUUCAUAACGGAAUUAAAAUUCGUUGAUAUUGACUACUCCAUGUUUGAACAUAUAAAACGAGAACCAAUUGAUGAGUACACUGGUAUAGAAAAGGGUUAUGAACAAUAUCUUGAUCUAAACUUUGUGUCAGAUGAAGAAAACUCAAGUGUUAGUGAAGAUUCAUCAUCCCAAGAUAGGUCUUUGUGUCUGGGCAGCGAUGGAGCGGGCGAACCUUACGUACAUAUCCCGCAAACCAAGUCUGAUCCCAACACAUUAAAAAGUCUUCGAAUGUUUCGCCCUAAUCUAAAACGGAAAAAAGAGGUGGUAUCUGAAGUUCCUGAAAAACAGAAAAUCUUAGCUAAACCUGCAGGUGGAUAUUCCAGUUUGAGUAGUUACUUAUCUAACCCAUUAUUUGUAAAUAAUAAUUAUCCUGAAGUAGCAUCGGCGUGCUUAAAUAAUUCCUUUGUUAGUACAAAUUUCAGUCCGGGUAUUGAAACGAAAAAAUCGAAUAAGGUUAAUGUAACCGAAGCAACGCACAAUGGCAUUAAUUUAUCAAGAUAUUCAACAAGUUACACGCCCGCAACUUGUGUUCCGGUCAUUAAUGUGGCAAAUUGUGUGCCUACUUCUGCAGUCAGAAAUUAUGAAGCUAGAAAAACAAAUUUAAACGCACUAGUGUCUGCAGAACAAACUUCUAGUAACAUAUCGAAUGUUUCAGACGCAUCUGUACAUAGUUUUAACUAUCCUAUCGAGUCCCGGUCUCCGCUCUAUACCUCUACUUAUGAGGGCAGCCAGGCCACUAAACCGACGACUACUUUAGCAGUUAAUAGUCAUAUGAAACAAGGUAUUUCAAAUUGCCGUUCGCCAUAUAAUGAGAAUGACUAUUUCAACCAAGAAGUGAAAUUGAUGUCAAAUUCGAAUAGUCUGAGUAAACUCCCGAGUAUUUGCAAGAGCCUUGAUCAGUCAGUCCCAAAUCCUAUCAUAUCUCAAAAUGUAAAUAUUUUGAAACGGGUUUUCGCAAGCCGCAGUAAUAGGUUGGAUUCAAAUUCCCAUUCAAUUAUUGCACCGACUAUUAUUGAUAUAACAGACGAUGAUGAUGAAAUAGACUACCGUUCGACGGCUUCAUCCAGUGCCUUUGAAGGGCGAGCUCAAUCUAGUGAACAAGAAGUUGAUAUGUUCGGCAAUGUAAUCAAAGAUGAAGAUGUCGAUCCAAAAAACGUAACAGCUGCCACGUUGCUCCAACUUGGUGGGCAAGUGGCAAAGAACCUCAACCAAAUAAUCCAAGUUCCACAAUCUUGCAACCAACACACAGAGGACAGUACGACAAUGAAAAGUACAUGGCAGCUAAAGAAGUCCUCACACAAUGGUAUAUUAGAAAAUUACAGCAACAGCACGGGCUUAAUCAAGAGAAAGCAACUGGAGCGACCAACGCAAGAGAAGAAUGUAGAAACUCCAUUGAAGACAAAAGAAGCAAUAUCUCAAAUGCAAGGAACAUGUCGAGUCAAUUUAAUUCCAUUACCUUAUCUGGAUCAAAUAGAUCAGGGGCGCAGAAUGCAAUCAACCCAGCCACAAAAAAGGGAAAAUUACAUGGCACCAAUAAAGAAACCAAGUCCAGUAUUCCCAAACAACCAAUAUCAAGUAACUCCAGGUGUGUCACUGUAUCCUCAGAAAACCUUGGCCAAAGAGCAGUGGGAAGCGGAAAAAACACAACUGGAGGAUUUAACGUGGCAAAUCAACAAUAUAUUAACUUUAAGCCAAUCGGUGAACAAGACCCAAAACCAAUCAAAUCCAACAUGUUGUUCGGUUGUAACGCCAUCAGUUUGCUUGAGCAAAUUAAAGCAAGAAGCCUCAAUAUCUCAAGAGUUGUCGAUUCAGACCAGUUCAGCGUUAAAUCAGGUGGAAUCGAAUCGACCGAACCAGUUAGCAAAAGAAAAUUCUCUUUGUUCCGAAUUAGUCACACAAACGAACCGUCAUCUGGCGAAGGAAAGAAUACCACACUUGAAAAUAGUGGAACAGGCAGCACUGUCAGUUCAGGAAGUGGAGCUAGCAGUCUACCAACCACAGAAGGAGCAGCUGGACCAACAGCUUUAUCAAGCUCCAAACAGGGAGAGAAUUUUGCAAGAAGAAUUAACAACAAUAGUAAUGGAGAUGGAAAAAGAAUCUUAUUGGAAAUCAAUGUACCCAACGGAACGCCCAGUAAGAUGCAAUACGUCAAAACGGAAACCAAUAACAGUGAUGUCGAGUUUAAACCCCGAGCAAAAAUUGGAGAGGGAAAAACAAGAAUGUCCGGAUUGGGACAAAUUAUUCAAUCAAAAAGCGGUAGUAUUAUUAAAACCACUUCCUAUCACCCCCAGUUUAAAGAAAAAGCUAAAACAACUGAAGAACGAUUAUGUCAGUGGAAAAUACAAAAAAUUGUCAAAGAAAAGAACAAUACCACAGAACAAAUCGCAAAAAGAAUUGGUGGUAAUAUUGGAGAAGCUUCAGAUGGAAAUAAAACUUCCACCAAUGAAAAUAUUGCAUGUGAAUUUAAACCCAAUCAACCUUUGCUCAAUGAAACUUUGUUUGGAAGCAAAUCAGGUGCAGCCCAAACAAAUGCCUCAAAUAAACAAACAAGAUGCAAUGGUGAAAGCAUCAGCGCAGACCGAAUCGGAACCGAUAGUGGUGGCAGAAUACCAUCAAACUUUCGAAAAGUGCUCUCGAUUAACAUUAGGGUCGUUAAUGGGGUGCCAGCAAACGCAAGACCAAAAAAAAUCAACAACGGAAAUUACGUUAUUAGAAACAUUCCCAGAAUUGAAGUUAUACCAGCUAGUGGAGCAUACCCAAAUGAAAUUCAGUCAAUGCAGCCUGAUGGAUCAGAUGUUGGAAGUAUCAAACGAAGCGAUGUCACACAAACAAUCUGUUCUUCAACACGAACCACCGCCAAUAUUAAUGGAUUGCCUUCCAACUUCUCCAAUAGAAACGACAGUCAUGAAAAUAGAACAUCCCCAAGCAGUAUCCUGUCAAUCAAGUGUCAUGAAUCAGGAACCAUCCAAACAAAUGCAAGACCCAAAGAUUCAUCAGCAGGAACAGGAGCGAGCCACUGCGGACAGCAAGCUGGAAUGUUUUCCAGUUUCUCAAUUAGAAACUAUCAUCUCUCACAUGGGAUUAAAUCAGCAGACAGAGGCUCCUGUAUUAGACUGCAGUCUGUACAAUCUGGAACAACAGAUAUCGUGCCAAUCGCAGCAGGAGAAACUAACAUCAGUGAAAAACAGGAAUGAGGAGCCUCAAACACGAUUAGAUCAACAUCACACAGAGGUGCCACAGCAAGAGAAACAGAAAUCAAUAAUGCACGUUAAAGAGACGGAACAGCAGGAGACACAGGCAUCAACAGCAACACAAAAUCCUAUUAAGUGUGUUGGUCCUUCGAAAUUGGAAACAAUAUCAAAAAUCGAACAAGAUCAGCAAAAUAAUCUAAUGGAAAAGACUGACAGACAGUCCCAACAAGUCGCGACAGAAGAAGUUUUUCAGUCAAAGAAAUUGGUACUAGAGGAGCAGAAACUGGAAUCAACUAAGAAUCAAAGUACUAUGGAAUGCAGUUCAGCUUUGGAAUUGGAUACAAUAUCGAAAAUAGAUUUAGAUCUACAAAACAACCAAGUGGAAACAAUUAAAUCCAAAGAAAUUUCAAUAGUAGAAAAGGAAAAUACCACAGAACCGUUGAAAGAGCAGACUAUGUUGGUUACACAGAAAUGUCUUCCAGUUUCACCAACUGAAAUAAAUAUCAUAAAGGAGAAACCGCGAAUAAAAGUUAUAGAGACAGAAAACGCAGAGGGUGAACGGGAUGAAUCAGCACAACAGGAGCAGGAGUCUACGGCAGAGGCCAACAUAAACAUAAUGAAAAGUCUAAGUUCGCAGCUAGAAAUAUUAUUACAAUUAGAUGUAGAUCAACUAAAGAAGCAUCGGGAUACAGAAAUUCAUUUCAAAGAAUUGCCAAAAAUAGAAAACUCAAAUAAACAAGAACUAAUAGCAACAGAAUGUACGACGGAGUGUCUUCCAACUGUUCAAUUAGAAACAAUAACGCGCAAAAAUGACAGUUCACAAGUUGAUUUUAAGCUAGUUGAUCGGGCAGAACAAAUUUUGGAAUUGACGCCAGAACCGAAACUACAGACCACUGUCGUAAGAACAGAAUUGGAACACCAAGUGGAGUCUUCCUCAAGGGAACUCAAAUUCUUAGAAGUAGCAAAGGACCCUUUAGAAAAUCCAGAGCCACACCAGAUGAAAGAAUUAGAAAAACAACUAAAUCAGAAAGAAAGAAUAGGGGGAAAUAGCAAGGACUAUUUGCAGCCAUUUAAAUUAUUUGAGGCUGAAAUGCGAACUAGUUGCGAAAAAACAGAUUUAAAAAUUGCUUCAAAUGCGUUAAGCCAACAAAUAGAGCCUCCUAACCUCUUGAGUAUGGACUCCCCUUUGGACUUAUCAAUAAGUGGAAAUGUACCUGGGAUUUAUACAAAUCUACUCACGAAGUCAGAUACAACAGAACACACUGACUUUAAAUUAAAAGAUACUGUCGUAAUACCUUGGGAGACUAGCCAAAGUGUUGAAGAGGAGGUAAAAUUAAUGGAUCGAGUAGAACACAGUACUGAGAUGGAAAUGCUUCAGACUGUAGAUCUCGAGAAUAUAUGUGAAAAAUCUGAAAGUCGGUCGAAUGAAAUUGGUGACGAAAUUGCUACUUCUUUGUCCAUAACAGAUUCCAAUAUUGACAUCCAGAGGGCAGAUUGUUGCAUUUCAGCGAAAUUGGAAAAUGCAAUUAAUAAAUUAGAUGAUAUUAUUGAAGAUUUAGUGACAGUAGCAGAAAAUUCUCUGAGUUUUACAAUGGAUAAAAAAGAGGAAUCAUCAGGGUCCCAAAAUGAUAUUGACAAUGUAUUGCCAGCAGCAGAGAACAUGAUGGACGGUUGUCAAUUGGAUACAGAAGAAAAAUCAGCUAGUACGCAGAAUGAUCUUCCAGUGCAAGAACCAGACGUUAUUAAUUUGGAUGCCUAUCUUACGCAGAUAAAAAAAUCUUCAGAAACAACGCUAAAAGAUAUAUACAAAUCGGUACCCAUUGAAAGAGAAUGCAAUAUAGUAACACCUUCAAAAUAUGGGGAAUACCGCCAUGUAACAUUGUGGCACGAUUAUUGCCAAUUUCCAAAUCAUGUAGACCAGGAAGAAUUUGCUGACUCGCAUGAUUUUGGAAUGGCCGAAAACAUUAAUGAAGAUUCAGGCAAGUGCUUGACGUUUAGUGAUCUUUAUGGUGAAAUGGAAAUUAAUAUGUUUGAAAGCACGAACAAGGAAAAUAUUGACUGGUCUGACAUUGCAACUAGUGCUGGUUUGAAAAAGGAAGACGAUCUAACACAAUUAUUAGAUUCAAGAAUUGAAAUUGGAAACAAAUAUAAAAAAGUCUACAUUAGUAAAUAUUCACCAAAAUCUUUCAACUCAUCAAAAAAUAUUCGAAAAUAUUUUAACACUCAUAAAACAAGCCACUCAAAUGUUCCAUGUUUCAAAAUGGAUAGCCUCUGUAAGUUAAAAGUAAAAAAUGCAAAUACUAAGCAAGAAACUUGUGGAAACAACAGUUUAAAUUGUAACGUCUCUGAUAAAAAACAAUUUGAAGUUAAUCGAAAUUCAUUACCUACAAGCCCAAACGCCAUUCGAUUGUAUAAACGAAAGGCAAUGGCUGAUAUUAGGAAAUUACAAAAAAUUCUUGAAUGGAAACAAAAAGAACGAGAAAAAGCAGAUAUACGGGGAGGCUUCGAGUUUAUCAUGAUGAAAUACAAGUCCGAUAAUGACGAAAAAGCCACUAAGGUGCUACCUCUUUCCGACAGAAAUACUAAAAAUUGUUCAAAGAAAAAUACCAAAACUUUUAAAAAGGGGUUAAAAUUGACGAAAAAGAAAGUGAAGAGGAAACGAAUUGGAACUCACGAGUCCCGUAUUUCUUUAAAGAAGCCCUAUAAGAGAAGGAUUGGGUCACCUGCAUCCCAACCUAGAGUAGUUCUUGAAAAACUUGCUCUGAGUGAUAGGAAUUUUGCACGUUCAGUUUUAAAAAACGUACCGGGACUGAAUGACUACAGUCAUAUAACCCCCACAAAUGUAAAUCCCAUUGUAAAUGUUGUGCAAAUUUCGGGAAAUAGACCUCCAAAUGCAACAACUCAGAACACACAAACUAGCACCCAAGUCACGCCACACAUUCAGAGGGUUGGUCAACCACGAAGUGUUGAACCUAAACCAGAAUCCUCAAAUGAAAAUUUAACAUUGCCGCCCAAUUCUACCCCAACAUCUGCUCUGGGGACUACUAAGCCAACUACUUCACAGUCCUCCACGUUGAUUAAUAUUUUAAGUCAGCAAAUCCGACCGGGUCAAAACGCUGUUAGGACCAGACCAGCUCCUUUUAUAAAUAUUCUAUCACAGCAAAUUAUUACCCCUGGUCAGAGUCCCCAAAUAAUUAAGAAAAGUGUGCCAAAUAGUAUUACUGCUACAUGCGACACUAACAAUCAGAAUUCCGCAGUUAAAGCCGAAUCUACUAGUGAGGAAAUUCCUCACAUUCAGACCCCUACAACGAACACUAAACCAACUACUACUACUCCAAAAACCACAACCACAACAACACAAUUAUCAACAAGUACAACUCCAACAAAUCAGGGUGGUACUAUUUUGCAGUUUAUCUGCAAAUCAUCGUUACCUAAAUUCCAACAGGCUUUCGGUCGCACAGUAUAUCAGAGUCAGAAUGUUGGACCUGAAACUGCAGAGGCCCCGCAGAUACCAAUUGCUGAAGUAUCUAAUACUGUUGCGCCUGUAACGUCAGUCGCACCUGCCACAGUGGAAGCCAAAAAAGUGGCUGCAACCAAAGCUGUACCAAUCAAUGUCCAACCAUUACAGGGCAACGUCAUAUAUAGAGGUCAAAUGCCUGUAGGACAAACCAUAAGUUUAAUUCCACCAGGCAGUACAACGCGGCAGUUAUUCCGCAUAACGGGAUCCACUCACGAACAAAUCAGUUUGGUAAAGGAAACAGUUAUUCAAAAUAAAAUGAGCGCUUUACUUGCGGCCGCACUCCAAGGGAAACCUAAAGUGUCCGAACAAAAUGGGGAAGUUGUUGAGGAAUAUUCAGCUACAAGGAUAACACUUUGCAGACCAUCUGGGGUGCCAAAUGCUAGGAUUGUUAAACCUGUCCAACUUCAAAUUCCUGCAAAUGUUAUUCGUAAUCCCCAGCCCAAUAUGAGUUCGACAACUUUGGAACAACUUAGAGAAUUUGACAUGGUAUAUAAACAAGUCAAAGAACGCAGUAGUAGUUCUACACAACCGGAAAGCACCAACACUAAUGUAGAAAGUGGAGAUUCACCUCAGCAGCAAAGAAUAAGUUUUACAUAUGUAAACCAAGUGCAAAAGUAUACCCAACUCUCUCCUGUGGUGGUUGUGUCUAGUUAUAGUAACUUGCAACCGGCUGUUUCGCCUGCCAUUUGUGUCACUUCUCAGGGCAGUUCCAGUCCUUCGGUAAGCCCCGCUUCAACGUCGACCUUACCGAAAAUUGCUUCAAAAACUUCAAAAGGCAAGACUCUUAAAAGCGCUACUACUAAUCCGGUCCCCAAAGCCGCACCGACAAUCCCGAAACCUCAGCAGAAACCUCAAGAAGAUGAACACACCACACAAAGAAUAUUUGAUAUUUUAGCGGAAUAUGCUGAACAACUUCGAAAUUCACCAGAUUUGAAUAACAAACCAGCUCCUAGGAGGCGUUCUAAUCCACCUACAAAUCCAACUUCUAAUUCAAAACGUAAGAAGAGUUCUGGCUCUAAGAAACAAGGCAAUAAUUCCAUUGAAACUGACAAUGAAGAUUUGACUAUGGGCAGUGAAGAUAGUUCUGGUGGAAACAUUGUGCAGCUCUCGGUUACCGAUGAUGAACACUCCCAGGCAACUAGCGUAACACCUCCAGAAAGCAAUUCUGAAAAUUCCUCCAGUUCAAGACCGUUAAUUGUCACAGAUGCAACAAAUCAACCCAGAAACGUGAUUAUAGCGGAUUCCAGUGUCGGCGAAGCCUUGAAAAUGUCUAACACUGCUCUUAUUGUUCCCGGAAGUUACCUGAUGCCGGUUUCUAUGGUAAAAGGUAGCCAACAAAUUGUUGUAUCAGGAGGGAAUAAGAUUCUAACUACAGUACCCGCUAGAUCUGGUCAGAAUAUGCUCUUGUUUCAAAGUUUCUUAAAUCAGAACAAAAAAGGUCCAAUAUCAGCGGUUAAGUAUUCAACAAUUCAACCGAUAUCCGGAAUUGCUUCGCAAAAUAUUGGCAGCGUUACCGCACAACAACCAGUGGUAAUACCGUCGAAUACUGUUGCAACUGCUGUGGCAUUAGCCCAACCGAUCACGUUGAAAAAAAUCGAUGAUAGUGACAGGAUUAAUACCGAACUAUUAUUAACUAUUUCUCCAUCAAAGGAAAACAUAGCAAGAGUAGAUAAACAGUCAGAAGUGGCCCAACCGGAUAGCAGCACUAAUCUCUCCAACGACAGUGUUGAAAUUAAAAUUGAUGAAAUAGCUCAAUCGCAUGGAGAUGGAGAUGACAAGAUUUUUAAUAGUUUUCCAAAAACCAGUUCACUUGCUACCUCGGUCAUUGCAUCAUGCAUUAAAGAAGAACUGAACGACAACGCUUCAGAGACUGUCAUACCUGCCGUUCGACUUGAAACAUCUGAAGUCAAAGCUGAUGAAACCUCAAAAUCGGUAGAACGAAUGCAAUCAGUUUUAGUAAAUGCGUCGACGUCUAAUGGACCCAUGUUGUCUCACACAAAUUCUAGAUACAGAAAAGCGUCAGACCCGGUUGAAUCCACGAUCACUUCCAGCAAAGAAUUAAUAAAUCGAGAAAAGACAACCAUAAAUGAACCGAAAAUCUACAAGAAUAACGCCGUAUACUACGCAAUUAGAACAAAAAAGAAUGUAGUUAACCCGGCCAGUAAAAAAUUGGAGAGUGAAUUACAAAAACAAGCUGCUAUUGAACGGGAACUUCGUUUGCAGAAAUCUUUAUCUGAAGAAUGCGAGGAUUUAGGUGUAGAUGAACCAAGCACAAGUGAUUUAUUUCCCGAAGCAGACUUGCUUUUUGAUUCGAAUCAUUCACCUUCUUAUGACCAGACUGUACAAGAUAUUAAGAAAAGUUCUCAUAUGACUGAAAGCAAGACUGAAAAAACUAGUAUGAACUUAUUUAGUGAUGAUGAAAAUUCAGGCCCUUUGAGAACAGAUCUUUUUGAUUAUGUUGAAUACCACACUGUAGAGACUGCCAUAGAUUACCCUUCGAGUCAGUUGAUGAACGGCAAUAAUACAAGCAAUGAAUCCGCAUCUUCUUCUGAGGACAACACUUUACUUGCUUCUUGUGGGACUAUAUCGGAAGUAACGUUAAAUUCGCCAAUAUCGCCAGACGUCUACGGCGACAACACUCAACCAGCGCUAAAUAAAUAUAAAUACAAAUAUACGAAUCGGAAAAAAAGCGAGCGCAUCAGACAGACGGAGAACUGGUCCAGAGGCGAAGUUACCAGCACCGGUGAUAAUGGCGAUGAGGCUUCGUACGUUGGCAGCGAACAGAUUACAAGUGAGCCGAUUAAAGUGGUUCGCGUUGCCAUAUCCAAAGCGGAUUCGAAAGAAGGGCAAUCGUGCCAGCUGCAUUGCAGCACCGUAGAAGAUAAUAAAAGAGGUGCGAGAAGAAGUACAAAAAGGGCAUGUUCAUGUUGUAAUGGCUCGAAAUCUUCUGGCUUAUCGAGUGUCAGAAAGAGACCACCCACUACACGACCACAGACACCAGCUAAUAAAAAGGCCUUUACCAGCAAAAAAAGAUAGUGCCUCUAUAGUUGAUAAAACAUAGAACGGUUGACUUUUAAAAUUGAUUUCUGCGUGUUAGGUGCGUAAGGGCAAUUCUAUACAAAAUGCUUUAAAACGGUACUUGUAGGGGCGACGUGGCCUCUCAUUGAUUUUUUUUCUUUAAGUAUAACGACAGGUAAAUUUAAAUCUCAGUUUGACUACGACAGGUUGACCUGCUUACCGGGCAAUCAAUUAUUUAAGUCAAUCGCGCUACAACUUCGAAUUGUUACUUGUUUCUUUGUUAACUAGUCGAACUAAAGAGUGGCUGCACUCUAGUACAAAUUAAGCAUGGUAAAAAUAGGCUCCUUUAGUAAGAUUUAUAAACGUGCAUUUAUUUCGAAAUUAUGGUUAUUAUGUGGCGAAUCAAGCCAUCGAUGGCAUGUAUGCCAUCGUAACGUCAUACCUAAUUCAAAAAAAUAACUAACAUUUGAUGUGGGUGCGCUUAACUUAUGUUUAAACCAAAAUUCAUAUUCGUCAAAUGCCUUAACUUUUAUGGCAUUCGAUGGGAGUUCAAAAAUUCAUGAACACACCCCCAUUCUUCAGAUUUGGAAUUUAGUUCGCAACAAAUAUUACAAACAAAAAAAAACAUUAAAAAGCAAGAACUAAGGAAUUCCUGCUAUGCUGUGACCUUUUUGCUGUUCGCCGCGUUUGUGAGUGCAUAUUAAAAAAUUUUGCCACAUGAGCCUAUGGGUGUCUAAAAACAGAAGAAGUCGUAAUUGCUACGUUUGCAAUCUUUUAGUACCUCUCAUUGUACAUUUUUCUCGUGUAUGUAAAUUAUUUAAAUUAUAUGUGCAGUUUGUCGUUGUAUAUAAAAAUAAUUGAAUGAUGAAUCAAACCAAUAUAGCCAUGGUGGAUAUUAUCUACCUGUCUAAAGCAGUCCAGCGCUGUUUUUGAAAUGCAAUAAGUUACACUUAAGUGUUAAUUUCUUUAAUACAACUUGUACUAUUUAGUGUUUCACUUUAUGUUGUUUCUUUUUGUUAUAUUUAUUUGUGAUAGAUUAGUAAAAUUUUAGUUGUGAUGUUUUUUUCCUUUCAUGGAUUAUUCGCUAGUUUAAAUUAAUUGAGUGAAUAAAGAUUUCUCAGAUAGCGGAGAUAUAUGGCACAAUGUAUUAGUUAAUUAUUACUGCAAAAUUCCCGUUUUCAGGUUUCGUUUGAUAAAAAUUAAUUGUCCAUUACGUAUUAGUAAUAAUUGUAGCGAGUUUUUGAAAAAAACGGCUAUUUGUUAACCAAAAUUUAUGGAUUUGUUACUAAGUAAGGCGUUUUACUUAAAAGUAUUAGGGUUACUUUGAAUAAAAGCUAAAAGUAUUAGUCACUUUCCAUUUCAAAAUGACUUAUUCUGUAUUAUACUUAUAGUUGUAUACUCAGUUCAAUGUAAUGUAUACAGAUUCCAAAUUAUAUUUAUAUAAGACAGAAUUUGUAUGUUUUUUUUAAUUGCAGUAUUUUUUCCAAAUAAAUGUUCUUAAGAAAACCUUUUUGUAAUUGAUAUUGGAAGUGCCAAAUUUUUUACUUACUAUCGAUUUUUAUACCCAAAAAAGUUGUAAGAUAUUAUUCACUAUGUACUUCCUAGUCAAUAGUGUUUGAAAUUUUUAUUAAUCACUUGUUAGUUUUCUUUUACAAGCUUAAAACUGAAACUGAAUGUUAGACAAUUUCGUGUGUUUUAAAUUCAAAUUGGGCGUUAAUAAGAUACAGUGUGAUUACUACGUAUGUUUUUUGUUAUUAAAAAGUUCACAAAAAAUUCUGAAUGAUCUAAAAUCUGAAAUAAAGCAGCAAUAUGUCAGACUGUUUCGGUGUUAUACGAAAAUUCUGUCUUAUCCCCCUCUCCAGGAGAAUUAAAAUAUAACGUACGUCUGGGAAUUAUUUUACAAAUAAAUCCGACAGGUACACACUUUUUAUUCGAAAGAAAUUUCCCGAUAGUAAAAAAACUUCUGGCUGUUUAAAUUUUUUAUUUUAUUAGACUGCGAUUUUAGAUGUGCAGAAUUUUUUAAAAAUAAUUUUCCGGACGUCCGCAAUUAAUAAGCUGAGAUUUUCCGCCACUUCUUUUAUGGAUUUUUGCGUGGUAACAUUUAAUUGUUUUUUUUUUAAGUCGUAAUUCUUGUAUAGUGCACAUACGUCAUGUAUAUAGAUGAAGAAAUGGCGAGCGUGGACUGUCGAUAUUUGGGAAGGGUAUAAAAAUUUGUUCGUAACGUGAGAAAACAUUAGAGAGCAAUUUACGGAUAUUUAUUAUUUUGAACAAACACUAAGGAUGAGAUAUCUCGAUUUAUGAAGCAAUGGACAAAUUAAUUUAAUACUUAUACAAUAUAUUAUAGUGAUUAAUGCUCAAAAACGAAGUUUUUUUCACCUUACUAACAAAUAUUUUCGAAUUCGUAGAUCGGAUGUCAUCAAAAUUGCCAAGCGACUAUUAUAAAACGUUCGGAGAAUCCGCUAUAGUUAAUUAUCGCGUACCGUAAGAAAUAUUUGACUUUAAUAUUGUAUUGAAAAAAUUCGGUUGGCAAUUUUGUCGAUAUCUGGCGUACAAUUUGACGGUGCUUCGACUGUUAUUGGUUAAUGGAGAUGGAAGAACGGGUUUUAUUCGAAAUCUUUGAUAACAUUCUUUACUAGU